AUGCAAGACGGGAUUAGUCCGCAAGAAGUUCAGACUCUUUUUGGGACUCAAGAUUCAGCAGACUGCACGGAAAACCUACAUGAACCAAAUCUAGAUAGGAUUGACGCCGCAAACCCCCAGGCUCUAGGUUUUAGCGGCGACAUGGAUCCUUAUGUAUUACAGAACUAUCAAUAUGACUCCAAUGGCUCAUUUGGAUUCAAACAACUAUCGAUACAAUCGGUGCUGCGCGGGAACUUCCCUGUUCAAUUUUUAAUCUCCCAGCCCAGCUUGUUCUCUUCCUCCAGGAAAGAAAAUGGCGUGCAAGAGAUAUCGCCUCUUGUGGCCAGAGGUGAGCUUGAGAAGAUGGUCUCGAGUGACACUGGUCGACGACUGAUAUCACUAUUCCGCACCUUUGUACUUCCGCUGUAUCCAAUUUUCUCCGAGACUCGUUUCCCUGACCCUGAUACAAGUCCCGCGUAUCUUUUGGCUGCAAUAUACCUGGUCGGCCAAUUGUUUGCACGGUUCGACGAAGCUUUAUCGAUUGAGCUGGCCUACGAGACCUUGGACAGUCAAGCUCUGUUCCGGUUAAUACAUGAAGCCUUGCAGUACGAAUCGCACGCACCAGGGCUGGAAACUGUACAGACUUUGCUUCUGCUUGUGAUCCGCCCUUCGACUAAUCCUUUAGUCCUAGAAUCUUCUGUCAAGUGGUCGUUGCACGGGUUACUUGUAUCGACUGCUCAGAGCUUGGGGUUGCAUUAUGAUCCGACGUCUUGGAAACUGCCGCGUUGGCAAAUAUCCCUUCGCCGACGGAUUGCGUUUUCGAUAUUCUCUGUAGACAAGUGGUUGGCUUGUAGCUUGGGCCGCCCACCACUGGUCUCGACGGACAACUGGCUUGUGAUUCGCUUGGAAAAAGAAGAUGUGCAUGCAUCGACAAUAGAAUCGGAUACAUGGUCCCAUUUCCUAUAUUACACUCAACUAGGGAUCUAUAUGGACGAAGCUCUCACUCGCCUUUACUCCAUGCGAGCAAUUCAAGAGCUGAGUUCAGAUCCUACCAAAACGCUGAGCAUCGCCCGCGAGAUCCUAGAAAAGACAUCUCAAUGGCACCGGGAGUUCUCACAGCAGUCGCACAAUAGCGAGGAACCUAAUCCCCUUUCCACCAUCAGUCUUCUCGGGUAUCACUACGUACAGAUGACCAUCUUCCGCGCGAUCAUGCGGCCAUUCCUCGCAAAACCCGGUGCUGCUAGUGGCGCACAACACUCGCUGAACGGGAACAGCUCAACAGAUAUCCAAAGCGUCCUCGGGCUUGCUAGGACGGGAUUCCGCUCCGCAACCACGGCUGCAUUAACGUUUGUCAAAGAAUUGAAGGAAGAGCAUUCUCGGAUCUUCUGGCCGCACUGGAGCCAAGUUGCGUUCUCGUCGAUUUGCUUCAUCGACCUGAUGAUGGCGACCUCGUCGCCUGAUACGGAUGAGGCAGUGUGCUGGUUCCAAGACCUGCACGUCGCGCGUAGGGAGAUGCGACUCAAGUCAACCAUGUUGCCAGUGCUGCGUCUGGGGUUACUGAGGAUCGAUGCGGUGUUUUGGAAGGGGUUGAGUCGGGUUAUGCAUCUGGAACCUCAUGUCGAAAAAGCGCUUCAAGAAAGCCUGAAACCAACAUCGACUUGA